AGAGUUCCAGAAUGUCCAUAAUUCUGAACACCACAGGGUGAGACUAGAGCAAGGUGUCAGCUAGGAGGGCUUUUGGGUGUCACAAUGCAGGCCUGGGGCACUGUGGUAGUGACCUUGGCCGCGCUGAUGGUUGCCACUGUGGAUGCCAAGAUCUAUGAACGCUGCGAGCUGGCAACCAAGCUGGAGAAGGCAGGCCUUAAUGGCUACAAGGGCUACAGCGUUGGAGACUGGCUGUGCAUGGCUCACUAUGAGAGUGGCUUUGACACCUCCUUCGUAGACCACAAUCCUGAUGGCAGCAGCGAAUAUGGCAUUUUCCAGCUGAACUCUGCCUGGUGGUGUGACAAUGGUGUCACACCCACCCAGAACCUUUGUCACAUGGAUUGUCGUGACCUGCUCAAUCGCCAUAUUCUGGAUGACAUCUUGUGUGCCAAGCGGGUUGUGUCGUCACAUAACAGUAUGACUGCCUGGGAUUCUUGGAGCCGGCACUGUUCUGGCCAUGAUUUAUCUGAAUGGCUCAAAGGGUGUGAUGUGUAUGUGAAAACUGACCCGAAAAUUAAUUCAUGACUCAGAUUCCCAGAGACAGAGAUUCAAUUUUCUUUUCUUUCUUUUGUGUAUUUAAUAAAAGAUAAUAUCUGUAAACAAUGCAA